AUGACCACUUUGCAGACACUCAAGGAAGAGAAUGCAGGCCUGUUAGCGCAAUUGCUUGAUGAAGACCUACACGGCGUCAAGUUUGCUCCUGUUAGCACCGUGGACGCCCUCAAGCUCGACCUCAAAGACAUGGAGAUGAUUGUCGCGGAAAAGGAGAAACGGAUGAGACGUCAGCGCGAGAUAUGGACACAGAAAGCCGCCGAGUUUCGCGAUGUCAUUGCCAGCGUGCUGGGCUACAAAGUCAACUUUCUUCCCAAUGGCAAGGCAAAAGUGUCGAGUAUGUACCAUGGCCGGACCCAGAUUGCCGACGAGGACAGCGAUGAAAAAGACGACGACGAACAUCACAUCGUCUUCGAUGGGGACAACGGUACAAUGAAGAUCAAUGGAGGGCCAGACGGUGCUUUUGGCGAGGAAAUCAGAGAUUUGAGGUUUUGUGUGAAGAAGAGAAAGCACAUUGUGAGGGCCGUGAUGAAGAAGAUAAUAAACAUCGCAUCGUCUUCGAUGGGGCCAACGGCACAAUGA